UUCUCCUCCCCACUGGCGAGGGCAGUGCAGCAGGACAGGGAGUGGAGACGCAGCAGUUAGAACCUGUGACCUGGGAGCUGCCACAGCGAUGGAGCCCAGUGACCCACAGGGGAAAAGGGUCGCCAUUGUCGGCGGUGGUCUGGUGGGUGCAUUAAAUGCCUGUUUCUUUGCUAGACGAGGUUUCCAUGUUGACGUUUAUGAAGCCAGAGAAGAUAUCCGGGUGGCCAGCUUUACCCGUGGCAGAAGCAUUAACUUGGCCCUGUCCCACAGAGGACGCCAAGCCCUCCGAGCCGUGGGGAUGGAAGAGCAGAUUGUGUCCAAAGGCAUUCCCAUGCAGGCAAGGAGGAUACAUACACCUUCAGGGAAGAAGUACUCCAUCCCCUAUGGGAAGAAGAAUCAGUACAUUCUCUCUGUGGACAGAGCAAACUUAAACAGAGAGCUGCUAACAGCUGCUGAGAAGUACUCCAACACUAAACUGUACUUUGGACACAAGCUCCUGGGGUGCAACGCAGAGUUGGGGAAGUUAACCAUACAAAGGUCUGACCAGCGGCCCUUGGAAUUCAUCUACGAUCUCAUCGUGGGAUGCGAUGGAGCCUUCUCAACAGUCAGAAAGCAGUUCAUGAGGCAAACGCGCUUUAACUACAGUCAUGAGUACAUUCCUCAUGGCUAUAUGGAGCUGACCAUCCCUCCCAAGGACGGAGACUUUGCCAUGGAACCAAACUACCUCCAUAUCUGGCCGAGAAACACCUUCAUGAUGAUUGCACUGCCCAACAUGGACAAGUCCUUCACCUGCACGCUCUUCAUGCCCUUUGAGGAAUUUGAGAAGCUCACAACAGGCGAGCAAGUGCUGGGUUUUUUCCAGACCUACUUCCCAGAUGCCAUCCCCCUCAUCGGAGAGCGAGAGCUGAAGCACGAUUACUUUUUGCUGCCAGCCCAGGCCAUGAUAUCUGUGAAGUGCUCUUCCUACCACCUUGCUUCCCGAUGUGUGCUGAUGGGAGAUGCCGCACAUGCUGUUGUGCCCUUCUAUGGACAGGGCAUGAAUGCAGGCUUUGAGGAUUGUCUGGUCUUUGAUGAAUUAAUGGACCAGUUCCACAAUGACCUUGGUGCCUGCCUCCUUGAAUUCUCCAGGCUGAGGGUGCCAGAUGACCACGCAAUCUCAGAUUUAGCCAUGUACAACUACAUAGAGAUGCGCAAGCACGUGAACUCAACGUGGUUCAUUUUCCGGAAGCACGUAGACAACUUCCUCCACAUCCUCAUGCCUUCCACCAUUGUCCCGCUGUACACCAUGGUGACCUUCACCAGAAUUCGCUACCAUGAGGCACUUCAGCGCUGGAAAUGGCAGAAAAAGAUAAUUAAUCGAGGGCUUUUUGUCAUGGGGGCAGCAGGACUGUGUGGCACCUACCUGCUCAUAAAGCGGGUGGCACGGAACUUGGACGUCUGCCUGGGAAACUUGUGGGGCUGGUCCCAUUAUCUCAAGAAUAUUGGAAAUUUUCCCUUUGGCGCACAAGUGGCUUAAAUGUAAGGGGAGCUCCUGGUUGUAAUAAAAGUGAAGGCAUGGGCUGUUGCCUCA